AUACAUUAUCUCUGUAUUACGCGAUGUUUUUUUUAGAAUAAAGUGUUAAAUAUUCCGAGCUGCCUAAUUGGAACUUUUCAAAUGUCAGUAUUGGCAUUUUACAGGUUCUAUCUUCUGUAUAAGUUGACUAGUAAACUUGCUUGAAAACCUAAUCUCUAAUCUCCUAAUUCUGCAUCAAUGGCGGAGUACAAUUCUAAGCUGCAUAUUGCUCUGUUUCCAUGGCUAGCCUUUGGUCACUUUAUUCCAUAUUUGGAGUUAGCCAAACUCAUAGCACAAAAAGGUCACAAAAUCUCCUUUCUGUCCACUCCUCAAAACAUCCAUCGCCUUCCAAAACUCCCUCCUAAUUUAUCCUCUUCAAUAACUUUCAUCAAACUUCCUUUGCCUUCCGUCGACGGUUUACCGGAAAACGCAGAGGCCACUGCCGAUGUCCCAUUAGACAAAGUGCAAUACCUAAAAAAGGCUUUCGAUGGUCUUAAACAACCCAUAACCUCAUUUCUUCAAAUUUCAAAACCUGAUUGGCUUAUUUACGAUUUUGCCCCUUAUUGGCUCCCGACUGUAGCUUCCAAUCUUUGUAUUUCUCAUGGAUUCUUUAGUAUAUUCUUGGGGGCAUUAUUGGGAAUUGCAAAACCUAAAUCAGUAAUUAAUGAUGAUCGCGUUAAACCGGAAGAUUUCACCGUCCCGCCCCAAUGGAUUACCUUUCCGACAAAUGUCGCGUUUCGGCAUUUCGAGAUAGUCAAAAUCUUCGAAUCCGUGACCGGAGAUGCUUCCGAAGUUUCCGACAUGUUUCGCUUGGAAGAGGUGCUUAACGGCUGUGAAAUGAUAUCGGUGAGGAGUUGCAGUGAUUUUGAACCGGAAUGGUUGAACUUAUUACAGGAUAUUCACCGGAAACCUUGUAUUCCGGUUGGAAUGCUUCCGACGACGCAGUAUGAGAACGAAGAUGAAACUGACACGUGGAGGACAAUCAAAGAAUGGCUAGACAAGCAAAAGAAAGGUUAUGUAGUGUACGUAGCAUUUGGCAGCGAGGCGAAACCGAGUCAGGUUGAAAUCAACGAGAUAGCUCUUGGGUUAGAGUUAUCCGAGUUGCCAUUCUUUUGGGUUUUGAGAAAGCGUCGCGGGUUAACUGACACUGAGGUUGUUGAGUUACCAGAUGGGUUUGAGGAGCGAACCAAGGAUCGUGGUCUGGUGUGCACGAGUUGGGCUCCUCAACUCAAGAUUUUAGCUCAUGACUCGGUUGGCGGGUUCUUAACUCACUCCGGGUGGAGCUCGGUCGUGGAGGCGAGUCAAAAUGAGAGACCACUUAUUCUUUUGACAUUUUUGGCUGAUCAAGGGAUCAAUGCUAGAGUUUUGGAAGGGAAGAAAAUGGGAUACCCAAUACCGAGAAAUGAGUUGGAUGGGUCUUUCACUAGGGACUCAGUAGCUGAGUCAUUGAGAUUGGUAAUAGUGAAAGAAGAGGGUGAAGUUUAUAGAGAAAAAGCUAAAGAGAUGAGGAUUUUAUUUGGAGAUAGAAGUAAACAGGAGAGGUACUUAGACAAAUUUCUGGAUUUUCUUCAUGCGCAUAAGCGUUCCAAUAAUUUAUGAGAUAAAUAUAAUAAGAAUUAUUGUAAGUUUUUUUUUACACGUGUCUCUGCCCUCGAAUUGAGAAUUAUUUUAAGCAUAUAAAUACAGUAAAAAAAAUUAUUAUAUCCA